ACGACACUUUGGAACGCAAUCCACCAUGAUCAUCGCCAAACCCAGCUCCUUCUUCCUCUUGCUUCCCAUCCUCCAGUCGAUCCUUGCUCAAACCAAAACUGGACCAUCCCAGGACCAACCAACCACCGAUUACCGUACGUUCAAGCAACAUUGGUCAGGCCCGAAACAACCCCGAAACCAUUCUGACUUCCUACGAGAGCUAGCUAGCUAUUCGCUUUGUUUUGACUAAAUCAGAGUGGCUCUCUUUCUCAUUGUUACAUUACACAAUAAGACACACACCAUGUUUCGGAACCGAAAACACCAAGAAACGCUGCCGAUGAGUGGCAAUGUGGCGCCGUCAUCGUUUCAUUUUCCAACCGGCAAUGGAAAAAGUUCGUAUGCGAGCAUGGGAUCCGAUGGAUCGGGCAAAGCCAUUCGCAUGGAAGCUCCCAUUGCUCGUGCUUGGAAAAAGGCGUCUGGAUAUACCAAGGGAUCCUACUAUGCCCUCAUCACCUGCUUUCUAAUGACGUAUUUUGGCUAUCGUUGGCUGAGAUGGAAUCAUGCUUCUGUUCAUUUGACAUGUCAUUCGGAAGAGUGUACGUUUUGGAUCACACCGCAGGGAUGGAAUGGAAGCCACAAGGCGACGUUUCCUCGACACCAACUGGUUAGCGCCGAAGCCAUGAAAGUCACCAAAGAGGGAGAGUUUGUAGAAAUGAGUCCUCGCCUCGACAAUUUCCAAGAUAUUCCCGGAAAGGGGAAAAACAAAAACAAGAAAAAGACUUCCAGCUACAAAGGACCCGACAAAAACGGACACUAUCCAUCCUAUCGAGUGACUCUGCGAGUCGCUUCGGAAGAGCAACAACAACAACAAACAGGAGAUAGUACCCCAGGUGAUGCCGAGGAAAUUUUAUCCAAUGAAAUCCCCAGUUCACCUCUGACGACCAUCGAACGCUUUAUGGAAAAGGGCAGCGAGGAAAAUACCUUGACAAUCAUCAUUCGCAAAUUCAAUAUUGGCCAAAGUCGAAGACGCGUCAAAACCACCGUGCAAAAGAUUGAUUCCUACAUUAAACGACGUCGUCACAAAUUGACCAUCAAGGAAAACGUACCACCGGCAUGGCAAGGCAUUCUCUUGCUAGUGGUGGGUAUCUUUGGAUUGCUGCUGACCGUACUGAUAGGUCAAUUCUGGGAUGAUGACUCGUCUCAUCUUCCCAAAAAACGACAAAGUGGACCGGGAACUCGUACUCGAAAGACACCCGACUACAAGGGCAAACGGCCGUCGGUAGCGAGUUCCGUCAACCGAGGAGCGAGUGCCGUCAACCGAGGAGGAGGUCGAUCGAAAGCGUACUAA